UCUCCUUUUCUUCUUUGACGGAAGUACCCCUGCAAUAUCCCCAAAACUCAGCCAAAUAACCAAAAGGUAGAACCAUAAAUAUUCCCAAACAGAGUAACGGCGAGGGGUAGUCUUUCGUAACGAACUCUUCUGCGUAUAACAAACUAUAAACACAGCUCACGUUCCUCAUUCUUCUUCAUCAAAUUUCCGAUUCCGUUUUCUCUCUGAAGCAAAAAACAUGAAGUUCUCAGAGAUGAAACUCCAGGCCACAAAUGCUGUGAGAGCUUACUUCAUAAGGAAUUGGACAAGAGAAGACCUGAUGAAUUCUGGAGAAAUUCCCGAGAACGCUCACACAAGCUUGAAGAAGGUUUAUCUUACUCUCUUCUUUGCCAUGUGGAGCUAUACUUUUGGAUCCUUCUUGCACUUGAUCUGGGAAGUGGGAGGGCGGUGCACAGUCAUUUCUUCUGUAGCAAGUUUACUCUGUCUUUACUUUACAUCACCAUUGAGAGUGAGGACGAGGGUCUCACUCUUGAUGUGUGCAGCCUGUAACUUGGGUGCUUCUUUUGACCUUUUUACCAAAUAUCUCUUCGAAAUGAAUCAAUACCUUGUUGUCAGCCUUUUGGUAGGUCCAACAGCUGCCAUUGGAGCUGUCUGGCUUGAAGCCUUGUUCUCUAGGGAAAGGAGUGACGUCUACUUGGGCUGCCUGACAUAUUCUUGGGCUCUAAUGUUCUCCACAUUUGUUGCUAGUACUUCAGAUUUAAUUGACAGCUACGCAGCUCAUUGGAUGUUAAAGGUAUGCAUUGUGUUUGCAUUGUUCAUGGGGUACCUUGUGGUAUAUAGCCAAGAGAUCGUGUAUGAUGCUCACUUUGGAGAAAUUAACUUUGUCAAUCGCACACUCACCAUCUUCUUCCAUUUACCGGGUAUAGUGGUCCAUGCUGCAAGACUAUGCUUGGGUGCAGAAAUUGAGCAACACAGACAGAAUUAAUGCUGAUACACUUGGAACUAUAGAAUAAAUAGAGUAGAAUGCAGAUGGAGAACUGUAAAUGAUGAAAAGUAUUGUGGCUACAUUUUACUGAUUGAAAGCCAAGUGCUUUGAAUAUUCCUUGGCAAAUAAUUUCCUUAAGAUGGCAGGUUCCACCCUCCUCCUAGUGCUCCCAAUUUUAGCUUGAAAUCCCAUUUUCUAGAUAUUUUUUGCUAGCUGAAAAGUUGUCCCACUUCUCAAAAUUUUUUCAAUUGGGCACCCCAAUGUAUAAACACUUUUGGUUAACUAAAUACCUUUUUAGACA